CUGGCGGCAGCGUCGGCGUCGGGAGCGACUCACCGGGGCCGCGGGGGAGAACUUGGGCUCGGGACGCGCGAAGUUUCCGGGCGAGGGGGCCGUGGCCUGGCGGCACGCGCUCGGCUGACGUCACACGAUCCGCGUCCCGCGAUUGGCGCAAAGUGCAGCGGCGCGCGGGCUCAUAAAUAUGUGGCCGAAGUCGGCGGGGGCCGAGCUUGGCGAGCGAGUGUGCCGCGAGCGCGCCGUGAGAGGAGUCUCGAGAGCCCGAGACCCCGCGUCGAGAAGUGUGGCCCUGUACGCGGGUGAAGCAGCAGCGACGGGCGACGCCGCGGUGGCAGCGUGGCUCGGCGGCGCGCCCCCGGACCCGGCCUGCCUGUACUUCCAGGGCGGAGCAGCGGCCACGCCGUCGCCGUCCGGUUCGUCGUCUCUGAGCUCGUCUCUCGAUGAAGACGCCAUGGCUGCGGACGAGUACAGCUUCGACCUGGAGAACCUCGAGGAGGUGGUCAAGCAGGAGAUGGGCGUCAAGUACGUCUCGCUGCAGCCCGAGCUGCAUCAGCUGGAGCAGCUGCGCCAGCGCGGCAUGGUGGCCAGCACGCCGGGCACCCCACCGGACACGCCGCCGGGCUCGACGGCCUGUCCGGAGUCGCCCGAGUUCGCGGCCUGCAUGCCCGACGACAGCAUGAUGUGGCUCUCGCAGCAGCCGCCGCCGCCGCCGCCGCACGCGGGCCUGCGGUUCGGCCACCAGGAGCCGCUGGACCUGCGGCCGCAAGGCGACCUCGAGUGGCUGCAGCUGCGCCGAGACCUGGAGGGCGCCCCGGCGGGGCCCCGGCCCCCGAUGGCCGCACUGGCGCCCCAGCAGCAGCUCCCCAUGCGGGACAUCUUGGACGACGAACAGCUGAUCUCGCUGUCUGUGCGCGAACUCAACAAGCGACUCCACGGGUUCCCCCGCGAAGAAGUGGUUCGCCUCAAGCAGAAGCGUCGGACGCUCAAGAACCGCGGCUACGCGCAGAACUGUCGGACCAAGCGCCUGGCGCAGAGGCACGAGCUGGAAAGCAGGAACCGCAUCCUUCAGGCCGAGGCCAACCGUUUGCGCCAGGAGCUGGACCGUGCCUGCCAGGAGCGGGACUUCUACAAGCAGCAGCUCGGUGCCGCCGCCCACGGCCGGGCCCGGCCGCAACAGCUGCCGCCGCACGCCAUGGGGCCCGGCUCGCCGGACUUCCUCAUGUGACUCGGGCCGACCCGCCGGCUGCCGGACCAGCCCGCGGCCAAGUGGGGCCACUGAGCCCCCUCUUCUGGACUGUACGAAAGGCGGUGCUCGCACCGCUGACGACGGCAUGCGUCGCCUGGCCUGAUGCCCCAUCCGACGUUGCCCUAAGGACUGUGCGAAAGGCGGCUCCGUCCGCUGACGAAUCUCCCCCCUCCCUCUUUUGUUUUCGCGUCCCUCCGUGUGGCCCUGCGCUGCCCCGCACUCUCCGCCGCUCAAAGUUCCAGGAGACGCCAAUACACACACCCAAACCUCUGUCGCGUUGUAGCCGCUCACGCCGGAGGCCCUCCACCGGACGCAGCCCAGGGACGCCCUUACAAGGCUUCCGAGCUCGUUGUGAGACAAAGGUACCGCCAUCAACGAAACAGCCUGACGUAGGACAAACAAGUUGGAGCAAGGAAAGGCGUCUUCGCGGCGGAGUAUCGCCUCCGACGUAGGCGGCGCCGGCGUUGGACGAUGACGGCCAGGGACCUAACAACAAGGAGCUUCUGCACUGAAUCUGAGCAGUGCGCAUCGAUCGAGCACGGAGGUGGAGCCUGGGGCCCGCACUGGCCCAGGCCCGGCUCCGGCGGGCAACCCUUUUGAGCCGCCCAUUGGCAGAGACAGGGGCGGCCACGCCUUUCGCUCUGACACCGCUCACGGGACGCAGUACUUUGAGCCUUUUUGCUUGACGUCCCCCCCCCCCCCCCCCUCACUGCUCCCCCCUUUCCGCUCUUCCUUCUAUCCUACAAGCACACAAAACACACACAAACACAGACACACGCACACGCACACACAGACUCCUUUUAUGAAACUGGCAGGUUUUGUUUUCACCGUUAAUCAAGGCCUUCUUCUGUGCGUCUUCACGGGAGGGGGGGCCCAAGGACGUACGGGUCGAUUCCAAGAUGGCCACCUGGCGUUUGUUCGGCGGACAAGGACUCGCAUAUGAAGCGCGAAGGAAGGAAUAAAGGUGGCUAGGAAAUAAAAUGCGAAGAAAAGCUUGGUA